CAAUAAUAAUUAAGGAAUCGAAAGUCCAGCUCUCUAUAUCUCUUCUUCUUCGUCCCAGUGGCUCAACCCAAAUAUCUCGAUGAUAUUGCUCACGAAUUACACAUUUAUUUUUAAUUCAAUCAAUUCAACGAUCGAUCAGUGACUUUAAGAAUCUGAUUCCUAUACUCAAUCCUAGGAUUUUGAAGCAUAAAGUUCUUUAAUUGGAUCCAUCAUGUUUAGUCGGAUUUUUGGCAAACCGAAGCAAGAGCCUAAUGCUCUCACGACUUUGGAUAAGUUAAAUGAGACACUUGAAAUGCUUGAGAAAAAAGAGAAAGUUCUACAGAAGAAAGCAUCUGCAGAGAUUGAAAAGGCCAAGGAAUUCACUAAAGCAAAGAAUAAGCGUGCGGCUAUACAAUGUUUAAAGAGGAAACGUCUUUAUGAACAACAAAUUGAGCAACUUGGCAAUUUCCAGUUACGUAUCCACGAUCAGAUGAUAUUGUUGGAAGGUGCUAAGGCCACUACAGAGACUGUAGAUGCUUUGAGAAGUGGGGCUGCUGCAAUGAAGGCAAUGCAAAAGGCUACGAAUAUUGAUGACGUUGACAAGACAAUGGACGAAAUAAAUGAGCAAACUGAAAAUAUGAAGCUGAUUCAAGAGGCAUUAGCAACACCCAUUGGUGCUGCUGCCGACUUUGAUGAGGAUGAGCUAGAAGCAGAGCUGGAAGAACUGGAAGGAGCUGAAUUGGAAGAACAGCUUCUUCAGCCUGCUACUACCGCUCCUGCAGCUCCAAUACGUGUUCCAGCAGCCCGUGUGCCUCAAAAGCAGCGUACAGCUGAGGAAGAUGAGUUGGCAGCAUUGCAGGCAGAAAUGGCUCUUUGAAAAGCUUCUUCCUCCUGAAAGCCUUGAAUAAUAUUCAAUUUACGAAUCAGCUGGCUAAAAUUGUGCUUCUUCCUCCUGAAAGCCUUGAAUAAUAUUCAAUUUACGAAUCAGCUGGCUAAAAUGUGUCGUAUGAAUCCUCCAGCUGCUAGCUUAUAAUCAUUUGUCUAUAAUCCACAUGAGUGUCAAGACUUCUAUUUGAAAUGGUUAAUUCCUUAUUGAAAACACUGGUUUAUUGAAGGUUGAUGUUGUUGUUUGUGUCCUGGCUUAUUGAAAUGUUUGUUUGGACCAUACAAGAGAGUAAGCUUGUUUAGGCUACGUUGUUUUAGUAAAUAAUUGAACAUAUUUGGUUAGUGAUUUUUUGUCAAUUCUUUUGCACAAUGAUAGUACAACUAUCCUCA